AUGGAGGCGCUUGGGGCGGCGGCGUGGGUCUUGCUGCGCCUCUCGCUGGCCAGCGCCCUCCUGGCCUUCGGCCUCUACUGCUGCUACAUCAAGUACGUCCACGUGAAAUACGAUGACAUCCCCGGCGCCCCCAGGGCCAGCUUUUUCUUUGGUCAUCUGCCCAUCAUUUGGAGAAUGCUUAAAAAAAAAGAACUGGUGCAUGACGUCUUUCUGCAGUGGGCUGAGGAAUAUGGACCCGUUGUGCGUUUGAAUUUCUUCCACAGAAUCACACUAUUGGUGUUAAGUCCUGAGGGAGUAAAGGAGUAUUUGAUGUUACCACAAUACCCAAAGGACCGAAUUGUGUAUGGUCGUCUUUAUAAUAUGUUUGGUGUCAGAUUUUUAGGGAAAGGCUUGAUAACAGAUCGUGACUAUAACCACUGGCACAAGCAGCGGAAGAUUAUAGAUCCAGCUUUCAGCCGAAGUUACCUGAUUGGCUUGAUGGGAAUCUUCAAUGACAAAGCAGAAGAGCUUAUGAAGGUGUUGGAAGAGAAAGCCGAUGGAGAAACAGAAAUAGAUAUGAUGAACCUGCUGAGGCGGGUGACUCUGGACAUCAUUGCGAAGGUGGCUUUUGGCUUAGACCUGAACACCCUGAACAACGACCUGGCACCUUUCCCACAUGCUAUGUCUCUGAUCGGGCAAGGAUUGGCCGGGAUGCGCCAACCUUUUUUCAAGUACAUGCCAUGGAACAGAAAAGUGGUAAAAGAGAUUCAAGAAAAUGUGAGGCUGUUGCGUCGUUCUGGGAAGGAGUGUAUUGAGCAGAGGUGCAAGGCCAUCCAGAAUGGAGAGGAGACCCCUUUGGAUAUUCUCACUCAGAUAUUGAAGAAUGCAGCACAGGAGGGGGAUUGCGAUGAUGAAAGCAUGCUGGACAACUUCAUCACCUUCUUCUUUGCAGGUCAUGAAACCACUGCAAGUCAGUUGACCUUCUCAAUCAUGGAGCUGGGACGGCAACCAGAAGUAAUGGCGAAACUUCAGGCUGAAGUGGACGAGGUAGUUGGUGUAAAGAGAGACAUUAGCUAUGAAGAUUUGGGGAACCUCCAGUACUCAUCACAGGUCCUCAAAGAAGUCCUGCGAUUGUACCCACCAGUUCCGGGCACUGUACGCUGGACGGGAAAGGAAGGCAUCGUAGAGGGGGUCAAAAUUCCGGCAAAAACCACUUUAGUUUUCAGCACAUAUAUCAUGGGACGCAUGGAAAAGUUUUUCAAGGACCCACAGCUUUUCGAUCCUGAUCGAUUUGGCAAAGAUCGAUCCAAGCCCUACUAUUCCUAUUUCCCAUUUUCCUUGGGGCCUCGUUCCUGCAUUGGGCAGACAUUUGCACAGAUGGAGACUAAAGUGGUAAUGGCCAAAUUUCUGCAGAGGUUUGAAUUCCAGCUGGUUCCACCGCAGAGCUUUAAAAUUUUGGACACUGGAACCUUCAGGCCAUUAGAUGGCCUAGUCUGCAGACUGACACCACGCAACCCUCUUACUUUUGAAAAAGAUUAA